AUGUUCGCCUCAGCGACGAUAUUGCCAAUAGUGCAUCAUCAUCGUCGUCAGCAUCGCUUCGCAUCUUCUCGCGCGAGUACUAAGACCGCAUCGUCGCACGGCAGACGAAGAAAUCAACUCCUCGUCGUCACCAACACCAACACCAAUUCGAAUUCGUCUGGCAUUUGUGGCAUCGAUUUGGGCACGACGAACAGCGCCGUCGCGAUAGUCACGGACUCUGGGAAAACGGAAAUCGUCCCGAUACCGACAAUAAAUAACGUGGAAACGACGAGAACGAUGCCAUCGGUGAUACAUUUCACGAGUUCUGGUGAAGUUUUGACCGGACACGAUGCGGUUCCUUUUUUACGCUCCGACCCGAAAAACACGUUCGGUUCGGUGAAAAGGCUCAUAGGAAGGAAAUAUCGGAAAGCGAAGGAGGAUAUGAAAUCGGUAUCGUACGAGUGCUGCUUCGACGACGAGACAAAAAGAGUGGGCAUAAAAGUACCGAAUUUAGGCGAAGGUGUUUCUUUACUUCCAGAAGAAAUAUCCUCGAAGGUUAUCGAGCGACUCGUUCUCGAAGCCGAGCGGUAUCGAGGUCUCGAGAGAGGGACGAUUGAAAAAGCGGUGAUUACGGUUCCUGCGUAUUUUGAUCAGACGCAAGUGGAUGCAACCGUAGAUGCGGGGAUGAUGGCUGGCUUGAAAGUGGUGAAGACGUUGAGAGAACCGGAAGCCGCGGCUUUGGCGUACGGGGUGGACAUCAUGAACCCGGACUUGGACGAAACGAUUUUCGUUUUCGAUUUAGGCGGCGGCACGUUCGACGUGUCGAUUUUAGAAGUUGGCGGUGGAACGUUGGAGGUGUUAGCCACUGGGGGAGAUUCUAGAUUAGGCGGGGACGAUUUAGACGUAGCCGUAGCGAAAUGGAUGAGUAAAGAGUGCGAUAAGAAAGGGUUGAUUGUUGAUUUUAGAGGCGCGUUGUUAAACGCCAGGAGGACGAGAGAGAAACUUUCCGACGUGGAUGUUGUGAACGUGCCUUUACCACCAGAUGGGAAAGAGGUAGCGUUUACGAGACAGAUGUUAGAGAAAGCUUGCACGAGCGUUUUGCGACGAAUGCGACAGCCGUGCGUGGAAUGCGCGGAUAGCGCCGGGGUGAACUUGGAACGUCUCAGGCAAAUCGAAGAGGCGAAGAACAAGAAGAAAAAUAGAAACAAGAUUAGCACGAGAUCGGCUGGACGGCCAUUUGAUAGAGUAUUAUUAGUUGGAGGAGCGACAAAAACGCCUUGUGUGAGAAAGUUUGUCGAAAACACAUUUUCGAGGAAACCAGAGUUGGAUUUAGUGGACCCGGACGAAGUCGUCGCGCUUGGCGCAGCUGUGAGAGCGGGGAGUUUGUCUGGGACCAUAGAUAACGUAGAUACGUUCAACCCGUUAGAAGCGGGACUUAUUCGAGCGUUUGCUGCCGCAAAAGGGCUUAACAAUACUGAAGCUGGCGGCGCUGUUGGCGAUUUGGAGGAUGAUGACGGUGAAUACGAUGAGUUUGACGAAGCGUAUUUGAACGAGGACGAGGGCGAGUGGGAAGACAACGAGAUCCCAGAAGACUUGGACGAUUUGAAAGAGAUGAUAGAACAAUAA